UCAAUUGGUUCACCUGCCAGAUUCGUAUCAUGCUCUGUUCUUCGUCUCCAAUCGCCGCUUUGUUCUCCAAAACUCUAAUCAAUCCCAAUUCACGCCCAAUCUUCAGUACGAUGAGUCUCCUCACUCACGCUUUCGCGGGUAAUCCCAUAAAAUCACGGACCCCUAAACCCAGCGAGCCUUUCGCGCCACAAACCGCACUCCAAACCCUCAAAUCCCUGCUUUCAAGAAACACUACCCACGAAUCAACAUCUCCCGAUUUCAAGGUUUUGCCUUUCAGAAAGGGGAGACCUUUGGCUGGCUCGACGGCCGGCGGGCCCACGUGGCAUCUUGGGUGGUUGAGUCUGGGGGAGUGCAAAUCAUUUUUCGAGAAAUCCAGAGCGAGCCUGAGCGAGGAUUUAUUGGUUUAUUUGGGAUGUAAAUCUGAUGAGGGUGUUGUGUAUUGGGCUGUGGAUGUGUCUGAGGAGAAUGGAUUGGUGAAUGAAUUGGGGUCUAAGCAAUUGUGCUUUGUGGAGUUGAGAACUCUUAUGGUGGCGACUGAUUGGGCUGAUUCUACAACCAUGGCUGAACUUGCCAUUGCUGGGCAUGCUAGAGCUCUGCUAGAAUGGCAUAAUGUAGCUCGUUUUUGUGGAUAUUGCGGAGAGAAGACAGUCUCUGUGGAAGCUGGGAGACGUAAACAGUGUUCAAAUGAAUCAUGUAAAAGGAGGAUUUAUCCUCGUGUUGAUCCUGUUGUCAUUAUGUUAGUCAUAGAUAAAGAGAAUGACCGUGUAUUAUUAAAUAGGCAGUCGAGAUUUGUUCCACGGAUGUGGAGUUGUCUUGCUGGCUUUAUUGAACCAGGAGAAAGCUUGGAAGAAGCAGUAAGGCGCGAAACAUGGGAGGAAACUGGCAUUGAGGUUGGCGAAGUCGUGUAUCAUAGUUCUCAGCCUUGGCCAGUUGGGCCCAGCAGCAUGCCAUGCCAACUAAUGAUAGGGUUUUUUGCAUAUGCUAAAUCCCUUGAGAUUAAUGUGGACAAGGAAGAACUCGAAGACGCCAAAUGGCACAGCAGAGAAGACGUGGAGAAAGCCCUGACAUUCGCCGAAUACAAAAAGGCACAGGAAACUGCAGCAGCUAAAGUAGAGCAAAUGUGCAGAGGUGUGGAGAAAGGACACAACUUGUCGUCGGAUUUCAAUGUGGAGAGCGGGGAGCUUGCUCCGAUGUUCAUUCCCGGACCUUUCGCAAUUGCCCAUCAUCUCAUCUCUUGUUGGAUCAACCGAGGCAUUCCGAACAGCAGCGAAGUGCAGAACCAAACCACCUCUGUCUCACUUUCAAAUCUUUAGUUCCUAUAGAUUUAGUGUCUGAGUUUAUAACUUCUUUAAUUUGGGAUCAUCAAUUAUAUGAGAGUCUCUUCAUUGUUGUCAAGUGUAAGGCUCAAUGGAAUAAUCGUUUAAACUCUUAUGUACAAGCAAUACUCAUUAUGUGUGUACGUACAGAAUCCAUUGUGUAUUGCAAUCCAUUCUUUUUAAAUUUUA